AUGAUUUCAAAUAAUUCUUCUUUUCCUGCUCUUGAUCAGCUACUAGCGCAGCCGAAUAUAACAAUAGAGGAUGUUUUAGACUGUCCUGAUAUGUAUUCUGCCUAUAUGAAGAAUUAUAAAGACUUAAUUCUGUUUUUAACAACAAAACAAAAUUUUACAUCGUUAAUUAACUUACUACAUACAACAGAAAGUCCGAAACGAACAAGAAAAAUCAUAGAUUUAUUCUCUUCUCCUAAUAAAACACUGAUAAGAUGCCUUUCUCACGAUAGAAAAACAACAGAAUUACUUAUCUCUGUAUUCAAAAGCGAUGAAGAACCUCAUUUUAGUAUUAUUACAGCAAUAAUGCAGAUAUGCGUUUACGCUUUCAAUGAUAGUGAGCGAGAAAUGUUUGCAAUUUUCAAUUCAAGUCAUUCGAUUUUUCCUGACUUAUUAAAACAUAUACAACAUCUUUCAGUAUUCUCAUUUUUACGAUCAAUACUUAAAUCUACAGUACAUUCUCAGACUUUUUUAUGGUAUUUCUUCGUUGCUUUGAUGGAUGAGCAUGGAGUAGGCACAGAAACACCAGAAUUCAUUCAAGCUGAAUUUGCUAUGAGAACUCCCGAUAUACAUUUAUCUCCAGAUCAAAGAAAAAGCGUAAUUGAUUUAUUAGCCUUCUAUUUCCAACUUGGAGGAGCUACUGCUCAUGAAGAAUUUGUUGCUGCUGUUACACAAGGCUUGCCAUUGAUUUUGCAAGACGCUAAUUCAGAUCCUGAGCGCGCAUCUGUAUUAAAAUUAGGUCUUUUCCUUCCAUGCAACCCUACAAUAUGUUUAUCAUGCGUUUCCAUAUUGGAAUGCUUCAGAUUACCAUGCGAAUUGCUUCAAGUAGCCAUGAGAUACCUUACACAAAAUCAAUACAAAAUUUCGCCAGAUUUGGCAGAGCUUUUAUUGUUCAGAAUGAUACGCGUUGGAUCAAGCAACAUAUUAGUCCGCGAGUCACUACCUCUAUUCCGUGAAUUUUCGCAUAGCCAAGUAAUGCAAAAUACUCUUCUCGGAAUUUUGAACUUUUCAUAUGAUAAAUCGGAUUGGAAAAAUAAUAUAGGCAGUCGUACCAUUCGAUGCAUGCUUACACAAGCUAUUUGCGGCCAAAUUGUUGAUCCUAUGGACCAAGAUUACCAAGAAUCGCUAAAGAAAAUAAUUGAUGACCCUCCUGAAGGCAUCAUUGACCAAAGUAGACUCAAAAUGCUUCGUCUGAGAACUUCCCAGCCGAUGCCAGCGAGAUAUAACGCUGUAAUUCUCUGGGGAGACGAAGCAGCGAAGAUGGCAGAGAUUUAUCCGAACAUUAAUAAGCCUAACUACCUCAGACUCCUUAAUCCCCAUAAGUUUGAAGAAGUUCAUUUCGUAUCCGAGCCAAAACUCGAAACUCCAUCGACCGAAAAGGUUUCUAAGCAAGAGAGUCCUAUUAAUUCUGGCCAAUUCUCUUCCCUCCAUGGAAUUGAUGAAUUCGAUACAGGAGAACCCGAAGAAAAUCCUUUUUUGGUUCCUCCACCGCCACAAUCAAUUCAAAUGCUAAAGAAACCAAGUGCAAUAUUGAGAACAAUGAUGGCUCCACGUGCUACAUUAAGCUGUUCGGAUUCUUUGGCCAUAGAAGUCCUUGAAGUCGAAAUUCAUAACAGAAAGACACAAACGAAGACGAGAUCUAAACAAGAUGCAAUGGUUUCGACAACAACAGAUGAAUCUUGUUUCUACCAACACGUAAAACCUCAAUUUUCCACACCUCCGAAAUCAGAAAUUCCGAAAUUUUCUCUCAAAGCAGAUGUAAAUCAAAUUGAAGCCCCGCCUCUUGAACUACCUGUAAAUAGCUUCCAACCUGCAGGAUUAAUGGUUGCUCCUCAAAAAGGAAAUACAUCAAGAAGAAUUUCAGCUGAAUUGACACAGAAUGACCUCAAUUCGCUUAAACAACCUAUACUACAUCCUUCUAAUUCAGGAUCAAUCGUUCCUAUUAAACCAGCUCCUGUAAUAAUUCCGAAAUCAUAUACAUUAACGCCUAAUACUAGUUCCAGCCAUAUAAUAAUCCAUACAUCUUCAUCUACAGGUAGUUCUCCUGCUACAUCUCCGCUAAAUUCAAACGAAUUAACUGAUAAAUCACAGUCGAGUUCGAAACUUACACAAAAUAUCUCGAACCCAUUAGUUGAUAUAGUUUUACAGAUAUUGAAGCAGCCACCUCCUCCAAUUCCUUCAUAUGUAUUAAAUGAUCUAAAUCUUAACUGGAUUAAGGCCGAAAUAGCUGAUGCUCGAGGUGGCACUGAGUAA